AUGUUACGGUCUGCCUUGUUAUUCUUCGCUUUUUCACUGACGGCGUGUGCAAUGGUAGUUUGGCCCGACUUGGUUAAUGACGAGGCGAAGAUGAGCAGACCGAAGCCAACCAAAUGGAGCGAGAAGAAUCUUGGACAGUGGUGUCGGAACUUCACUGUUAACCAACACACACAAUGCCCUCAAGCGUCCGUUUUCCACCAGUUCGAUUGCUGCGGUCGGCACAACACCGAAUGCUGUUUUGCCAUCCAAGGAUGGCUGGUCGUGCUCGGUUCCCUUAGCGCCUUCGUAAUGGCAGCAUCUUUCCUAUUCUACCUUCUCUUGAAAUUCCAACUAAUCUGCUUAGAACAAACAUAUCCUCCCAAGGUGAUAUUCUUAGGUGGAAAAAUUUAG